ACCACACAGUCACACACACAGAAGAAAACAGUUCAGACCUGCGAGCGAAGCACCCGGGAUCUUUCUUACUGCUGAAGUUGCUGUUAACGGCAGUGGCAGAAGGCUGGUGAAUUCAUUAAAUUUGCCAAUCAACAGAUCAGCGAUGAGCUCCGAGUCCAAAGACCUAAAAGGAGUCCUCCAGUAUGGUGAGAAGCUAUCUAAACCCAGUGGCAGAUCCUUAUAUGAACAAAGAAAGAAAUAUUCAAAUUCCAACUUUAUAAUGGAAGAUCAUUCUCAGUACUACGUGAAUCACCUGACCACCUUCCCGCUGGGUCCUGGGGAGGAGACGCAGACUGUCGAGGAAUCCAUUAAGAAGCUGAAGGCCAUGGACAGCAAAGGAAGAAUCUGGACCCAGGAAAUGCUACUGCAAGUCAACAGCUCGGCCGUCAGCCUGGUGGAUGUUGAAUCCAAGGACGAGCUAGAGACCUACCCGCUGACUGCAAUCGAGCAGUGUGACUCGCUGCUGAAUAACUGGAGGUUUAACUCGAUCCUCAUCCUCAUCUGCAAGGAGGCUCACCAGACUAAGCCUGAUAUCCACUUCUUCCAGUGCUCCGAGGUUGGGGCUGACCUGAUUAAGUCCGAUAUCAACAGCGCAAUCACAGAUCUGAAGAGUGGAGGAAGGAUAGAGAGACCGAACGCUCUCCGAUUUAACCAGGAGAAAAUGAAUGAGCAAAGCAGCUCACCACCCUCCCCACCCCUAAAGAUGGCUCCCAAAGCACCAGCAACAUACAACAGCAUGACCCAAGGAGCAACGCCAUUACCACCAUCAUACUUAGCCGCACCUGUAGUGGGCAUCCACGAACCCAAUGAGACUAGUGGAGACAUACAGGACACAGCCACACAGAGGGCAGCUCGUGAGGUGGCGAUUCUCAAUCACACUUUUGAUGAUAUUGAGGCCUUCAUGAUAAGGCUUCAGAAAUCAGCUGAAGCUUUCAAGAUACUGGAUCAAAGGAAGAAGAGCAGAAUGGGGAAGAAGAGGAAUACAAAAGACAUUGGGGAGGGUCUCCUGACAGUGAGAGCUCGGCCCCCGACCCAGGAGGCGUUUGUCGAUGUUUUUCAGAAGUACAAAUACUCCUUCAGUCUGCUGGCACGUCUGAAGAAUCACAUCGUAAACCCCAGCGCAACUGAACUAAUCCACUUCCUAUUCGGACCCCUCAACACGAUGGUGCAGUCAGCAGGUUUAGAUGUGGCCAGCUCAGUUGCCACCCCGUUCUUGACCAACGAUGCAGUCCACUUUUUGACCAACACCCUCGAUGAGAAGGAGAUGAAACUGUGGCAGUCACUGGGAGACUCCUGGACCAAACCCAGGUUGGAAUGGCCUGCGGAGUACUGGGGGGCUCCAUGUAAUAUCCAGUUCCAGUCUGGGUGGCAGCCAGAACACCUCGAUCCCAACGGCAUCCCAUGGGAGGAUCCUGUGGAGCUGCAGCACAAACACGAGUUACUACGGAUGCAGCAAUCAGGCCCACAGACUGUCCCAGUUAAACAAAUCAACGGGAAUCACGAGGUGGGGGCCAAACACAUGAAAUGCAGCCACGACUUUACGGCCAGGAACAGCAGCGAGCUGUCCGUCUUGUCUGGCGAUGUGAUGGAGGUGCUCAAUGAUUCCAAACGCUGGUGGAAGGUGAAAAAUCAGAGUGGACAGAUUGGUUAUGUUCCCUUCAACAUCCUGGAACCCAUUCCUGCACAGGAUGUAACCAAUGGCUCAUCGCUGUAUGCACACGUGAUUUCCAAGGAAAAUCGACAAGCUCCGAAGAGCAACCCUCCCCCAACCCUCCCAAAAACAGUGACCCCACCCAACAGUGUGCAACAGACCUGGGACACAAACACCGAGAAUCUCAACGUGACUCAAAAAGACAGGGAUCGUAAUGCCCAGAUUUUUAUAAUGAAUGAAGAGCUGUUGCUAAGGAUAGCCAAUGGGAGGACCACACAGCAUAAGACCUUCCAGGUCCAGAAGACCCUCGAUACCUCAGUCCCUCUGAACUAUGAUUCCUCUCCGAGUGAGGUCAAGACUUGGCUGGAGGCCAAAGGCUUUUCUCAGCUGACGGUGAAUUCUCUUGGGAUCCUGACAGGUGCUCAGCUCUUCUCUCUGCAGAAAGAUGAAUUGAGGUCAGUGAGUCCAGAGGAGGGGACCCGUGUCUACAGCCAGAUAAUGGUUCAGAAAUCAUUGCUUGAGGAUCAAAGGACUGUGACCGAAUUGGAAGCCAUAAUGGAAAAGCAGAAGAAAAAGGUGGAUUCUGAAUUGAAGAUGUCAACCUUGUGAGGACUUGAGAAAAUGCACUUAUUCCAAAUGCAUAGACAUUAUUUCUGUUUUCAGGCAAGUCCUUGGACACCUCAGCUGCCAUGAUUAGACGUGCGACAUUAGUAUUGUAAGCUUCACAACACCAAAAGUGACCAAAAAAAAAAUGUACAUAGAAUGUAGAUUGUCUCUCACUUCACGUAUAUUGCUCUUUGAUAAGAAUCAGCCAUUUUAGAGGAUGAAGUUGUACUGAUCUGAAAUUGGUGUCAUUGUACACACUGAUUGGAAAAUGGCCACCUCUCUAUUACAAUAGAGCGGUCUAAGAUUUGGUCAUUGUGGAGCUGCCACCAGUGAGUAGUUUUGAACAAAGGAAGCAAUUUUUUUUCACAAACCUCCCUUCAUCAACAUGACUCAUUGUUACAGAGAGACAGCAUCCUCUACAAUACUCUCCAAGAGCCAGCAGAGCCCAAACUAGAGACCUUGGUUCUGUAGAGGGAGGGGCUGCAUCCUAUCUCUGUGCCUGACGAGGGGGAAGGUAAGAGGUUCUGAGGAAUAAAUCUGCUGCCAGGUGGCUUUUCAAAGGUGGAGAGGGCAAACUCAGAAUUCUUUUAAAAAUCUGAAUUAAUGGACCAUUAUAAAAGCUUUUGAUAAAAUUUUGAUAUCAUAUUCAGGAAUGCAUUUUUAUGAAAGUAUGCAUGGUUGUCACAUAUGUUAUUAUUCAGUUAUAAAUAUAUCAUGAAUUUUGAUACCACUGCACUGUGGGGUUGAUGAAGAUUUCUGAAGGUGGCUUUGAGUGUUUAUAACAGCGAGCUUUUUUGUGCAAAGGAAAUGCUCCCACUUUUGUUGGUUGGAGAUGUUGUUGAAGGGAACUGAGUCCAGCCUUCCUAUAAAUGUAGCCUUCCAAUUGACAAGGAAUCCCAUCACCUCCCUAAGGACACCAACAUGAUGCCCCCGCCACUUUUACCAUCUGCUCUCAGGGUGUGGAAAGACCACAUUCAUUGCCCUGAAAGGGUAGGGGUGAUGUGGUCUUCCUCUUUGAACCCUUGCGAUCUGUGUGGUGAAGAUACUCCCACAUUUAGGUAGGAAAUUCUAAGCUAUUCACCCAGUGACAAUGGCGGAAUGGGCAUGUGCAUCCAAAAUCUCUUGUAACUUGAUGCCAUUCAGAUUGGCAUCUGAAACCACCAAUGCCAAUCAAUGCCAUGAUCUUGCACCAAUACCAAGCUUAAGACCCACCUAAGCUUGCUUAGUCAUUUAGUCAUAUGCAGGAACCUGUUCUCUGUAGGCAAAAGGAACAUGUCCAGGCAUUGUGCCUUUUUUGAAUUAAAACAAUAGUUUCCGGUUGCAUUCUCCAAGGCAAUAUCUCGACCAGCCAGAGUCAACUUGCCAACCAAUCAGCACCCUUUUUCUCAUGAAGUAUAAAUUGUUGCUCCCUUCUGAAAUUUGGCAUUCUUGCAUCUGUCCUGAUGAGUGCAAAACAAAAAUCUUCGACAGCAAGUCUCUUUUUCCAGCAAUACUCGAGCUUAAGCUGUUGGAAACUAAGACUCGUUUCAGCAAAAAUACAUUUAAAGGGAGGUUUCCAUGGCAGAUACUGCUCUGUGGAUAUAAGAAAAAGGAAUCCAGGGCUGCAAGAUUACCCUUCAAUUAAUCUCCCUACCCCAUGCAAAUUGACUGCUCCUAGAAGCCACUGGCAAAGGUUUGCUAUGCCAAGACUACCAACCUGCCCUGUUGAUUGAGGAGGGGGGCGGAGGGGGUGGAAAUGGGGGGAAAUGAGUCACAAGUUGGCAGGAGCAGAACGUUUUAGCAUACAUACCAGACCGCUCACAUCACUAGAGAAGGUGAGGAUUCAGUUAGGUGGAGUUAGAAGGCAAUAGUGGGAGAUUGACAUUCAGGUAGAGGAUCAGUCAUGACAUUAUUGAAUCACGGAGCAGUCUCAAGGGGUCUUAUGACCGACACUUGUCUCAAUUAUGUAGCCAAGAUUACUUCUGUGUAUUUAUUAUAUAACAAUGACUCUUAAUCAGGCAUAAGAAUCAAUAGCCAGAAUGCAGGAUUGUGCCGAGAAGUUCUGCAGUGGAAUUCAGCGGUGAUGGUUAUUUAACAUUGAAAAAUGAGCUCCCCUCUCUUGGCGCUGUAGUUGCUAUUCAUGCAGUUGGUGAUUUGUUACAGAUUUUACCUUCUACAUAGAAGCCUGAGUUCACCCUGAAUGAUGAUAAACGGAUUAUGGCCAUUGAACUCGAAUGCUGCUAUUUAUUUUUCAGUUUGGAACCAGGAAAGGUUGUGUUGGUGUCUGCUUCCUUCUGUAUAAAGUCAAUAAAAUGUACAGAGACAGACAA